AUGCAGCAUCGAGAGAAGGAAACGGCCUCUUGUAAGUUGCCGCCAUCCUCUGGUAUAUCACCCAGUGCAGGUCCUAACGUGGUGCCUCGUCGCCGACGCCUCAUUCUAGAGGAGGAAUCUGAGGAUGAGUUUUUUGUCCAACCCAUCUCGUCUAGCAGACAGGGUGCAGUUCGGCCAGCUCCUCGUCAAUCUGACCCGUGUGUUCAGACGGCGACGCAAGCUCCCAAACGGCAGGUUGCUUCCAAGUCUCAGCUGAAAGGAAAGGUGAAUGUGGAGCUUGGUCGACCAGGCCCCAAAUAA